AUGGACGCCUUCCAGGAGGCCUUCCAGAAGGUGGAGAAGAUCGGCGAGGGCACCUACGGCGUCGUCUACAAGGCCCGCAACAAGCGCACGGGGCAGCUGGUGGCCCUCAAGAAGAUCCGCCUGGACUCGGAGACCGAGGGCGUCCCCAGCACUGCUAUCCGUGAGAUCUCGCUGCUGAAGGAGCUCAAGCACCCCAAUAUUGUAAGGCUCCUGGAUGUUGUGCACAGCCAGAAGAAACUGUACCUGGUGUUUGAGUACCUGAAUCAGGACCUGAAGAAGUAUAUGGACUCAUCCCAGACUGGAGAGCUUCCCCUAACCUUGGUCAAGAACUACCUUUUCCAGCUGCUGCAAGGUGUGAGCUUCUGCCACUCGCACAGAGUCAUCCACAGAGACUUGAAGCCACAGAAUUUGCUCAUUAAUGAAGCAGGAGCCAUUAAGCUAGCUGAUUUUGGACUAGCAAGAGCUUUUGGAGUCCCUUUGCGCACAUACACUCACGAGGUGGUCACCUUGUGGUACCGAGCCCCUGAAAUCUUGCUGGGAUGCAAAUACUAUUCAACAGCUGUGGAUAUCUGGAGCAUCGGCUGCAUCUUUGCAGAGAUGGUGACCAGGAAAGCCCUCUUUCCAGGGGACUCCGAGAUUGAUCAGCUCUUCCGGAUCUUCCGCACCCUGGGUACUCCCACUGAGGCAACCUGGCCUGGGGUGACCCAGCUGCCUGACUACAAGGGAGACUUUCCCCGCUGGACAAGGAAGGAGAUGAAGGAAAUUGUUCCCAAAUUAGAUCGGGAUGGCCGAGACUUACUGAUGCAAUUGCUACUGUAUGACCCCAACAGACGCAUCUCAGCCAAGGCAGCCCUCAAUCACCAAUAUUUCUUCUGGAAAAGCCCCCAGGAUGCUGAAGAGCAAUGUGCCCUACAGAGACACUGCAGAUGAGAAU